AUGAGCAUGAUGAUGCGGCAUAAUCUUCCGCAACACGCAAAGCGUGUUCUCGCACACAGUAGCAGGAAUCGACUCUUCUGCUCCUGCGCAAACGGAACCCUAACGUCUCCGGCGACGAGCUUUACUCUUCAAAGUCGUAUCGAGACGGCUUCAGAUCGAAAAGCAGUGCUUGAGCAAUGGCGACAACAACAAGGGAACAAACUGAAUCCUUCACUAGUGAGAGGAACCAUCGAGAAGCUCCGCGAUUCCCAAAAAUAUCGCCAAGCCCUAGAUGUAUCAAACUGGAUGAUUGAACAUAACAUCUGCAGUUUCGUCCCGGAAGAUUACGCAGCUAGGUUUCAUCUGAUCGACAACGUUCUAGGUUUGGAAGAAGCGGAGAAGUUCUUGGAGAGCGUCCCGGAGAAUCUGAGAGGCGAGUCUCUCUACACCGCUCUGUUAAACAGCUACGCAACACGAUCGGGAAGAAAAGCUUUGGAUAAAGCCGAACCUGCUUUCAAGAAGAUGAGGGAGCUAGGUUUGCUCUUGAGAGUAUCACCGUACAGCUCCAUGACGUCUCUCUACAGAUCUAUCGGAAACAGAGAAAAGGUCGAUGAGAUUCUCCGAGAGAUGGAGGAGAGCGAGAUUGAGUUUGAUAGUCUCACAGUGAACAGCGCUUUGCGAGUGUACGCCGCUGUAUCUGACGUAGCGACGAUGGAGAAGUUUCUUGCUGAUUGGGAAAAGAAUGCAACGCUUGAGUGGCACACAAGACUCGACAUGGCAAAGGCUUAUCUUAGAGAGGGAAUUUUGCGAGAUGCCAAAGAGAUGCUUCGUAGAACAGAGAAGUUGAAUGAUCCCGAGUCCUAUGAGGAGCUCAUGAGGCUAUAUGGUGAAGUAGGAAAGAGAGAAGAUGUUUACCGUAUAUGGGACAAGUACAAGGAGACAAGACCGCUGAGCAACGAAGGGUUUCGAGCUAUGAUCGGUUCUCUUUUGAAGUUUGAUGAUAUCAAAGGAGCAGAGAAUAUUUUUGGCGUCUGGAGGGAGUGCUCAUCAGGUCUUGAGUUUGAUGCUCGAAUCCCAACAUUGUUGGCGUCUCAUUACCGCGAAAAGGGAAUGGUUAAUAAGGCGUAUAAGCUGAUGAACAAGACUAUGAGCAACAGAGAAUUCGCUAGACCAAUCACGCCGUUUCUUGAAGAAUGGGGGAAAAGGACUAAUCCGUCGGAUUUGAGAGAUCUCAUCAAGAGUCUUAUUGAUUCGAAUCAGUUGUCGAAAGCACUUGAGGCAUCAACAUGGAUGGGUGAGAAAACGGUGAUUAACCUCUUUCCAGAAGAGUAUGCAGCAAGGCUUCACACGAUUGAGAAUGUGUUGGGUUUGAAGGAAGCAGAGAAGUUCUUUGAAAGAAGCAUCCCUGAAGAUAUGAAGGAUGAAUCUGUCUACACCUCUCUCUUAAGCUCUUACUCGAAAUAUGUCAAGACUCUAAAUAAAGCAGAAGCCACUUUCAAGAAGAUGGGAGAUCUCGGGUUCCUCUCAAGUCCUUCCCCAUACAACUCGAUGAUAUCUCUCUACAGCCAGCUAGGAAGAAGAAGUGAGGUCGAGAGUCUUGUAAGGAAGAUGAAGGAGAAGAACAUGGAGCCGGAUAAUGUCGGGAUGAACAACGUUUUGAGGUUAUACGCGGAUGAAACGAACAUAGGGGCGAUGGAGAAGUAUAAGAUUGAUGCUGAUAAGCUUGAAGAGAGGACGGCGGUUGCGAUGGGAAAGGCUUACGAGAGAGCAGGGAUGCUAACAAAGGCGAUGGAGAUAACAAGGAGUAGAGAAGAAGUUUACCGUCUAUGGAACGAGUACAAGGAGAAGGAAGAGACUGGGAAUGAAGGAUAUCGAAGUGUGAUUAGCUCUUUGUUGAGGCUGGAUGAUGUGAAAGGAGCAGAGGAGGUAUAUGGAGAAUGGGAACAAGAAGGACCCGAGUUUGAUAGUCGAAUACAGGCUUUGCUCAUCUCUCGUUAUUGCGAGGAAAAUGAUGAAAAGAAGGUAAGAGUGCUUGUGGAUUCAAGUAGAAAGAAGAGGAAGCAGAUGGAAUUUGACAUGUUGGUGGAAAAAACUAAUGGUACUGUCCUCUUUGUUGGAUUUAUGGCUUCAAUGGCUUCGAUAGUACUAGUGCCAGGUCUAUUGCUCAGCGUUUUAUUACACCUUUAG